CGAGGGACAGAUCGAAAAAAAUUCAGAGGACACCGGACGCCCGGGAAAAAAUAGAGAGAGGAAGCUUUCCCGGACGUCUUCGUACGUCCAUUUACUAUUUAAAUUUCGAAGCUCGCCGACGCAGAGGAGUAUGAAUGCCGAUGGCGAGAGCAAGCUCUGGCCUCGCUUACCCGGAGAGAUUCUAUGCCGCUGCUGCAUAUGCAGGUUUUGGUGGAUCUCCAAACUCUUCCAAAGCCGUGAUUUCGAAGUUCCAGAACGAUGUCGCUUUGUUGCUCUACGGAUUGUAUCAACAAGCAACAGUCGGGCCUUGCAGUGUUCCUAAACCUCGAGCUUGGAAUCCUCUGGAGCAAAGCAAAUGGACAAGCUGGCAUGGGCUUGGAAAUAUGGCCUCAACAGAAGCAAUGCGCCUUUUUGUGAAAAUCUUGGAGGAAGAAGAACCAGGGUGGUAUUCAACGGUUCCUGAAUUUGUGGUCGAGCCUGUUGUAGAUGUGGAGAUGAAUGUGAGCUCUUUGAAAAAUCCAAAAUCUGAGUCAGUCACUCAGAAUGGGAACUCCUUUCCUGAGCCAAAGACUAUCUCCAUUGAAAAUGGGGGCAUGGAGACUCAGGAUAAGGAUGUUGUAUUGGAAGGCCUUGGUUCAGUUGGUGUUUAUGGUCAAUGGGUUCAACCUUCAAUAUCUGGUCAACGCCCAAAAGCCCGAUAUGAGCAUGGAGCUGCUGUGGUUCAAGAUAAAAUGUAUAUUUUCGGUGGAAACCAUAAUGGUCGUUAUCUUAAUGAUCUUCAGGUUCUGGACUUGAGAAAUUUGACAUGGUCGAGAAUAGAGGUUAAGGCACGCCCUGAGUCUCUAGAAUCAUUGUCUCCAGUACCCAUGGCUCCCUGUGCUGGUCAUUCCUUGAUACCAUGGGAAAAUAAACUUAUUUCCAUUGCUGGACACACAAAAGAUCCUUCAGAGACUGUCACUGUGAAGGCAUUUGAUCUGCAAACGUGUCAUUGGUCAACAUUAAAGACUUACGGAAAACCACCGGUCUCACGGGGAGGUCAAUCAGUGACCCUUGCUGGGUCAACUUUAGUCAUGUUUGGUGGUGAAGAUGCAAAUCGAGCUCUUCUUAACGAUUUUCACAUUCUUGAUCUUGAAACCAUGACAUGGGAUGAAAUUGAGGCUGCCAUAGGUGUGCCUCCAUCUCCAAGGUCUGACCAUGCUGCCGCGGUACAUGCUGAGAGGUACCUUCUUAUCUUUGGUGGGGGUUCGCAUGCCACAUGUUUCAAUGAUCUCCAUGUCCUUGACUUGCAAAAUAUGGAAUGGUCAAAACCAAUGCAACAGGGUGAUAUACCAAGCCCAAGGGCUGGACAUGCUGGUGUAACAGUAGGGGAGAACUGGUUUAUUGCUGGUGGAGGGAAUAACAAGAGUGGGGUCUCGGAAACUGUUGUUCUUAAUAUGUCGACUCUUGUUUGGUCAGUUGUAACCACUGUCCAGGGACGUGUACCUCUUGCAAGUGAGGGCUUGAGUCUGGUCGUGAGCUCCUAUAAUGGUGAAGAUAUUUUGGUGUCUUUUGGAGGAUACAAUGGGCGAUACAGUAAUGAGGUCUACGUUCUCAAACCAAGCCACAAAUCAACAUUGCAAUCAAAGAUUAUGGAGAUGGCUGUGCCUGACAGUGGUACUGCUCUGCACAAUACGACAAACGCUACCAGAGAUAUUGAGUCUGAAGUUGAAGCAGGCCAAGAAGGAAAACUAAGGGAAAUUAUUAUGGACAACAUUGAUUCAGAGUCCUUGAAUGUAAAAAGUGAGGAAAACAAAGAACGGCUUCUAACAGCCCUAAAGGCAGAAAAAGAAGAGUUAGAAGGAUCACUUACUAAGGAGAAGUUGAUGUCCCUUAAGCUGAAGCAAGAGUUGGCAGAAGCUGAGACACAAAACACAGACCUUACAAAGGAGCUUCAAUCUAUCCGUGGUCAGCUUGCUGCUGAGCAGUCAAGAUGUUUUAAACUUGAGGUUGAUGUUGCAGAGCUACGGCAGAAGCUACAAACAAUGGAGACCUUACAAAAGGAACUUGAGCUGCUCCAGAGACAAAAAGCUGCCUCUGAACAGGCAGCCUUAGAUGCAAAACAGAAGCAGAGGUCAGGUGGUGUUUGGGGUUGGCUGGCAGGAACCCCCACAAGCCAGAAAACUGAUGAAGCUUCAGAGUAACCUGUAUUUUUCUCUCAUUUCCUUCUCUCUUAUUAUUUUUCUGACACCCCCCACCAAAAGAAGAAAAAAAAAAACCCAUCCUAAAUUGGUUUUUUUUUUUUCUUUCUAGUGAUGGCAAUAAGAGAUUUAAGUUUCCGUUGAUUAGUAUGAAGCCUAGAGCUUCUACUAACCAUUUUUGGUAACUCCACCUAUAGGUACUAGCGGCUUUGUUCA